CAAGUCUUGAUCGAUAUGCCUCAAGAAAGUAACCCACACCUCUGGAGCUCACUAGUUAGUUGGGAGGCGGCAAAUGUCAACCAAUGGUCUGCUGACCUUCCUGUUCACUUCUUUGCUACCUUCUCAUCAAUAGCACACUGCAGACCGGAAUCUUGGCCCGCCGCGUGCGCAAUUUAUAAUCCAUCGCGAUUUCAAUUGUCCAGCGCCAGCGAAAUGAUGGAUGCUGCGAUGGUGAGGGUUGGCAUCAACCUUGGCUCGCCCGAAGAUGAGGCGAAGGCCGCCCAAGUGGCCAUUACCAUGAACGAGACCAUGGGCCGAGCUCUGAACCUGGUGAGGCUCAUUAUUGUGGCAUCGCCUGUGGUUCUGCAGAGCUGCUGGAUACAUUCCGUGGACCUUCCUACUUGGCUGUUUCGGCUUUUUGCCAUGUAUGCUGUGGUGGGCGUUAUUGGCCUACUCAUCGCUCCAGAACAAGCCUUCUACGCCAUGGGGCUGAAGGAGUUUCGCUGGGCCUUCCAGCGCUUGUACCCAGAGGCUGCACAUUGGAACGGCAACCCCAGUCCAGAUGCCGACCCCUGCGCUUCCAAGUCGGUGCUGUUAGGUCCAGAGGUUGAGCUCGAAAAGCUGGAGGUGCGGCUGAAGUGGUACGGAAGCGAUAGGUUCCUGACGCUGGACGGGUCCGGAUGGGCCACGGUGGGCUCAGACAAGGCUGCGCUGAGGCUGCGGCUGCAGCCGCUGGAGGCGAAAGGCACCCGGGUGGCGGAUACCUACAGUUUCCAGGUGUGCAAUGGCCAGUUCGAAGGCCACUGGCUCGCCUGCACCCCGGUGAAUCACCUGCGCCUGGGCGGCUGGCUGAAGGCCUUCAAGUCCCAGGAGGCAUGCCCCUACAAGCUGCUUCAGGACAGCUCCUGCCCGCCAGGGACCUGCAAGCUGCUUAGUGCUUGGCCAACUGCACCACAGCAGGCGCCAUUCAUGGGCAAGGACCUUGGCAGCAUGCCGGCGGGCUUCUACUUAGUUCGUCAGCGGCACCAGGGACGUGUUUAUGUUGGUCAGGCACCAGAUGCAGAGGCCGCCCUUUUCGAGCUUAUCGCAGACUAAGCAAGGCUGGGCCGGGCCAUGUGGCACAUGGCGUCGCUUCCAAGUCCAAGUGAUGCCUGCGGCUGCCAGUGCGUGAGCUAGAGCUGACGGUGAGGGUGCGAGGCAGAUUUCCCACAAAGGCAGCGUGGAGAGCUGCCACAGGUGCGA